AUGACAAUAGGUUCACAGUAUGGUUACGGCGUUUACGACGAUUCAGGCCAUGUCUUACACCCAUCGCAUGCCUACCACUGCGUGAGUCCCAUCACUGGUCACCACAACCACCACUACAACCAGACUCCCAGUCCCACCAUCGCCGCCGACCACUACACUAUGCGGUCCCUGGAGAGCAGUCUACCGAUGCAAAUGCAACCGCAACACCACAUGAAUGGCGACCACCCCAUGAACCACAUGAUGACCGCGUCGGCCAACUCUCCGAUGCCGAUCACCGCCCGCGGCCACCGAUCCUUCACUGACGGUCACCACCCGAUGGACUUGUCUUCGCCGCAACCGCAGCCACAUUACGAUCACAUGAAUCACAGACAUUACCGCAAUCACAGCCACGAAGACAUUACCGCAAUCACAGCCACGAAGUGUGCGGCACAUACUAUACAAUCGCCGGUGAUCUAUAAGCCGGUGGGAAAUUUUCUUGUGGCACAGGUGUUGGUGAUAAUUAAUGGAAAGCAUAGGCGAAUGCAGUGCUGCACACGUAAUAUACCGGAGUCUGCCUGGUAUGAGAUCACCAUUCAUGCCAUUCCAGACCUUCCUAUCUAUCAGUGGUUCCAUUUGAUUCCAAUAUUCUUGUGA